AUGCUGGAGAGCAAGGUGCCCAGGGAAUCGAUCUACUUGGCAACGAAGCUCUCCACGACCAAUCUGGAUGAAGGAGCCGCCUAUGACACGCUGCAGGCAGAGCUGGAUGGCUUUUGGCCGGCGGCAUACGCUGACCUUUGUUACCUGCACUUUCCCUCGGACGACAGCCUCCCCUCUUGGAGGGCAUUGGAGCGGCUGCACGACGAGGGUCGGUGCCGCCAGCUGGGUCUUAGCAACUUUGGUCAGGCACAGAUCGAGGAGCUCGUGCGCCAAGCGCGUGUCAAGCCUGCUGCCCUGCAGAUCCAAUUUUCGGUCUACGAGCCCUGCAGCCCUGCCUUCCUGCGUUGGCUUCGCGGGCAAGGGAUAGCUGUUGUGGCUGCCGCAUCUCUGAAUCCGAAUGCGACCUGCAACCUGAACCCGAUGCAGGAUCCCCAUGUCGUCGCGAUCGCUUCCAAGCAUGGUCGCACCACUGCCCAGGUCCUUCUCCGCUGGCUGCUACAGCAGAAUGUGGCUGUUUUGCCCCGCAGCAGCAGCACCGAGCACAUUCGCCAAAACAGUCAGCUCGAUUUCACCCUGAGCGAUGGAGAGGUGGCGGUUCUCGGUGCUUUGUCUACGCUUCUUCAGAGCCGCCCAGGCUUCCUGAGACCAGAUGGGGCUUCGGACCUCUUCGGCGUAGCGAGUUAA